AUGUCCUCGAAAUCGCCAAACGACGGCCAGACGCCAACGGCGACGACGGACGAUGCGAAGCGCAAAGCAGAGCCAGCCAGCGGGACACAGACACGGACGAAGCGGAAUCGAUAUAUUUCUCUAGCAUGGUGCGACUCGUCUUUUCCUAUGCGUCUUGUAUCUAUAUAUGAAUGGACGGUUGAGGCUGACGGUUCUAUAGCAAUGAGUGCAAGAGGCGCAAGAUCAAGUGUAACGGCCAGGUGCCCUGCCAGCGAUCCCUUUGAGCCUGCUGUCAUUACUAUCGAAGAGACGGACAAGCUAACCGGCUGCAGGUCUCUAUUCACCGAACUGCUGUCAAAGCAAUUUCAAGGAUUCCGAGAACAGGUGAACUCGCUAUUUGAGAAUAUCAAUGGCCUUCACCGGCGGACGGAGUCGCCGGUUGUCGAUGGCAGCCCCCAACUAAGCCGAGAAGCCUCACGAUCGAUAUCCUGGCAUCAGCCUCCGUUCGAGGCCCAAAACAUCCAGAUAGCGAGGCCGAGGGCGAAGCAUCUCCGUUUCCAUGGACCUACCAGCACGGCGUUCAACUUCGCGGUGGCCAAGUCGAGCCUUCAGACGAUGGGGAUCACCCAUAUAGAUGACGGUACGCAGGAGAUAUAUAAUGCGCAAGACGCUACGCCCACCCAGACGCCUCCUUACCAGCCGGCUCCGAUAUAUACGAAUGCUCUGGCUUCGAAUAAGGACCCCUUGUUCGCCAUCAAGCGAGAGGAGGCCAUUCGGCUGUGUAGAGUCUAUGAGGAGGAGACAGGGCUGAUGUAUCCCAUGUUCGACGUGGAAAAGAUGAUUACCCAGGUAAACCUUCUCUUUGCGUUUCUAGAGGCGGCAGAUCGAAACGUCUGCACGGGGCGAUCCAAGUCCAGCGCCGACUGUCUGAACGACGACGAUACUGCCAUCUUGAAGAUGGUACUGGCGAUAACCCUUCUCCUCGAAGGGAACGGCCAGAGCGAGCUAGGCAAUCAGCUGUAUGCGAGUAUCAAAGACAAGAUAGAGACCAACAUCUGGGAGUUAGGAGACUUGAAAAUGAUCAAGCUUCUUACUCUGGUGGCUACUUAUAACUUCCACACAGAUGAUGAAGUCCUUGCUUAUCGUAUGGUUGGACUUGCUGCCCGUAUGUGUAUUGAAAUGGGCCUACAUCGGCGAGAUGCCAUCUUGAAGACAUUCCACUCACCAGAGGAUAUAACAACUGUCUAUCGAAUCUUUUGGUCAGUCUAUACCCUAGACAAACGAUGGGCUUUUGGAACUGGGCUCCCUUUCAUCAUACAGGAUGAAGACAUCGACCCAUGCCUACCUGACCCAGACGAUGGUGUCCCUUACUUGAGAGCUAUGGUUCAUUACUGCCGCAUCGCGUCUAAAGUAUGGUACUCCGGUUUUGGAUCAAAGGCCGACCUGAGUGCCAAAAGGGACAAGAUGGGUUAUCUCGACUACCAAGUUGUCGAGUGGAUGAAAAACAUCCCAGACCCGCUCAACUUUUACUCAGUCAAUAACUCACGGAAUCCGGAUAACGUUAACCGUGGAAUACAACGACUUCGCUUCGUUUUAUAUAUCCGAGGGAACCACAUGAGAAUACUCAUAUACCGGCCGGUGCUGCACUCAGCAACCAGCAUCGUUGAAAAUAUGGCAUACGCUCAAACAGUAGUAGAUAUUGCAAAGGAUACCAUUCGCGUCCUGAGCGAACUCAACCGAACUACCGACAUCUACCGUUCACAGCAGAUCCUUUUCAAUUAUUUCCUUGUUGGAGCUCUCGUGGUUCUGUUUCUUGCAAUAGCACACGCCCCUGUCAAGUUCAACCGUCAGCUAACGGACGAAUUUCACAUGGCGCUUAACCUUGUAAAGGGCUUCAGCACCAAGUCCUAUAUCUCAAAAAGACUAUGGAAGAUGAUCAAGGGCCUGCGUGAGGUGGGAGAAAAACUUGGGCUGCUACCCCAUGCGGUACCCCCAGAUCCAGCAGAUCCUCAUUCUUCGGCUGCAGUUGCCAUGGCUGGGCUUGCAGGGCAUCCGGUCGAUGGAAUACCACCUUACGGAGGGCAGCACACUGACGGGGAAUUGGGGAACAGUCCUAUCAAUGGCAUACAAAUGAGCAAUGAGCUCACAUAUCUGUUUGAAGCGAUCGAGAAUUAUAACGGAUAUGUUACAACUACUUCAGGUCCUGAAGGGAUCAACGGAGAAGGCUUCAAUGGCACCGACCAUACCUUGCACUGCACUGGAGAAGCCAUGCCGCCCGCCUUGGGCAACGAAGGGGAGUUUUCAAGGAUAAUACAGGACCUCUUCUGA